GUUACAAACACAACAUAUUACUAGUUGGAUAAUUUCAUUGAGACAAACGCUCGAGAAAUGAAUUCUAGUAAAGAGGGAAUGAACAACAUGUGCGAAAUGUGCCAGUAUGCUUCAUUUAAAGCCACUUUUUACUGUGAGCAAUGCUCGCAACGUUUAUGCAAUUCGUGUGUGAAAUUGCAUAACAAUAUGAAAUUGCUUGCGGGUCAUAACAUCCUUAAAGUAGAUGAAACGAAGUUGGAAUAUGAUUACGCGCGCACAGAUGAAGAACUUAGCUCAGCCAUGAAUGCUAAAUGGUCAGCUGACCUACAGAGUGGACGAGGGGUGCAUACAUAUGAGCAGCCUAAUCGCAAAGAAGAAUCUAAAGAGAAGGUCGGGUAUGAAAACAUCGCGGCUAAAACAAAAGAAAAACGGAUGGUUUCUUCAGAAGCUAGCGGAGGAACCGUCGAACACGUGUACGAUGCGAUUGAUGAUUCCCAGUUGGAAUCUCUAUCAUCGGAUCAAGCUGAACGGUUUACGGUUACUGUGGAGCCUUGUGUGUUGGCGAAACUUUGUGGUAUCGAGGGUGUUAUGACAAUGUUGGUGAAAAAUCGAUGCAUUUCAUUCGAUGACCCUAGAACCCUGCAGACGAAGUACGUCUUUCAGCUAACGUGGCUUAGACGCUUGGGAAACAAGGGAUUUGACAAGCUAUAUUUCGAAGUUGGAAGAAAAUGCCCAAAUGGGGAAGGCACUAUCGUGUGUAUUACCCCAAUUGCUUUCAAAAUUCAUGCGAUGAUAAGACCGAAACUGCUCUGAACAAUGUUUUAGAAACCAAUGCCUUUAAAAUUAAAUAUUGUACUGUGUUUUUUUUUCGUAAAGCGGAUUAGCUAAAAUAUAUUUUUUCUCAGUCGAUUUGGUGACAUGUUUUCCCAGUUUACCAAGUCCUAUCAUGUGUAUUACUCGUCGUGCAGCUGAAAUUGAUAAGAUAUUUAAGUUAUGGACUAAAAGUAAAAAACAAUAAGUAUAUUUGUGUGAACAUGAACAUGGACAAUCUUUUGAUUCGUAUACUUCUGUAGUGUUACUUUUUCUGCGUAAAAUAGACUAUUCAUUUUUACUGUUGAUUGAAUCACCUCGCAAUUCAUUUAUAAUUGAGUUCAAACAGUAACAUUUUAACAAAUAUAGUAACAAAUAUUUUACUGUGUUUUAUCGUAAAGCGAAUUAGCUAAAAUGUUUUUAUCUCAGUCGAUUUGGUGUGUUCAUGUUUUCCCAGUUUACCAAGUAUACGUAGGAGUUCACAUUGUUGUAUAUAAAUAACGCGAAGGACGUAAAUAUAUUCAUCGUAAAAAAAUUGUUGUAUAAUGUUUGUACAACAAUGCCCGGUUUAUGUGUUCAAGCUGAGCUGAGAAUUAGCAUUUGAAAGUUUUUAAGGUAUUACUUGUUUGUUUCAUGUUAAUCCAACACACAUAUUUAUUUUAUAAAAAGGGAAGUAAGAAGGAUGUUUACAACUACAGGGGGAUUACAUUAUUAAAUACAUUUUGGAAAUUAUUUACUAAAGUCAUUAACAAUAGACUGAAUAAUUGGGCAGAAAAUUAUCAUGUAUAUAUAGAAUCACAGGCAGGUUUAAGACAAAACAUGGG